AUGUCAUAUAAUUGUAAUAAUCAUUCAUCAGUUUUAACACAACAUAUAAAAAAGAAAUUUAAAAAAGAUAGUGAUCAACAUCAAAUAAUUAAUUCUCGUCAUUUAUAUCGACCAAUAAUGAAUCCAUCAACAUUGGAGCCACGACGUGAUUUACCAUUACAUAAAAUACCUGAAUUACUUGCGAAAAUAACUGGAACAUUUUCAUCAACAUCCGAUAUAAAACAAUCAUCAUUAAUUGAUCGUCAUGAACAAAUAUUUGAACGUUAUUCAAAUGAUCAUCAAAGUUUAUCAGUUAAUGAUAUUCUUCGUUUUUGUUAUGAUCUUUCAAUUGAACCUGAUUCAUAUGAAGUUCUUCUAUUUUGUUUUCUUUGUCGAGCAAAACAAAUGUAUUUAUUAACAAAAGAUGAAUUUUUACUUGGAUUAAAAACUCUUGGAAAUCAUUUUGAUAGUUUCAUUGAUAUUCGAACAAUAUUAAUAAACUAUAAUAUAUUAUUAUAUGAAAAAGAAUUUUAUUUAUGGACAUAUCAUUAUGGUUUAAUAGAUGAACAACGUUGUUUAACAACACAAAAUGCUAUAAGUUUAUGGCGUUUAUUUUAUUCGAAAACAAUUGAAAAACCUCAAAUACUCGAUCAAUGGUUAAAUUAUUUAGAAAAUAAUACAAUUAAUGAAAUUCCGAAAACAAUUACAUGUGAUACAUGGACAAUAUUUCCUCAAUUCGCCAAAUUUAUUCAAUUAAAUGGUUAUAAAUCUUAUGAUGAUACGGAAGCAUGGCCUUGUUUAUUUGAUGGAUUUGUUGAAUAUUUGAGCAAGUCAAAACUGAAAGCACUUAAAUUAAAAUUAUUUCAUAUUGAACCAGAAUUAAAAUAUCAAAAACAAGGAGAACGAUCUAUUCUUGGAGAUAUUAAUCAUAUCAGUCGUUCAAAUACAUCAUUAAAUCAUUAUAAUUCCACUACAGGCGUACUUCGUCUAUCAGAUACAAAGUCAUAUAAAUUUUCAUUAAAUGAUUUAAUUGAUGAUGGUAUUAUUGGAGAAGGAAGUUUUGGUACUGUAUGUAAAAUGAAACAUGAAAAAAGUGGUACUAUGAUGGCUGUUAAAUAUAUUCGUUCAACAGCUGAUGAACAAUGUCAAAAACAAAUGCUUAUUGAAUUAGAUAUUGUUAUGCGUGAAAAUACAUGUCCACAUAUUAUACAAUUUUAUGGUGCUCUUCUUGAAGAAGGAGAUUGUUGGAUAUGUAUGGAAUUAAUGAAUACAUCACUGGAUCAUUUCUAUAAAUUUAUUUAUCAUAAACUUAAUCAAUUCAUCCCUGAAAAUAUUCUUGCUUAUAUAACACUUUCUACAUUACAAGCACUUGAUUAUAUGAAAUCUCGUUGGAAAAUAAUACAUCGAGAUGUUAAACCUUCGAAUAUAUUAGUUUCGAGAACAGCAAUAAAACUUUGUGAUUUUGGAAUAAGUGGAAAAUUAAUUGAUUCUAUUACUAAAACACGUGAUGCUGGUUAUCGUCCAUAUUUACCACCUGAACGAAUAGAUCCAAUGCGAGCAACAGGUGAUGGUUAUGAUGUUCGAUCAGAUGUUUGGUCAUUUGGAAUAACAAUUUAUGAAAUAUGUACAGGUUAUUUUCCAUUUCGAGAGUGGAAAUCUGUAUUUGAUCAAUUACAACAAAUCGUUGAAGGACCACCAUUAAAACUUACAAUCGAUCGUCUUUCAGAUGAUUGUAAAGAUUUUGUUAAUAUAUGUUUGAAUAAAGAUGAAAAUCAACGACCAAAAUAUAAACAAUUAUUAGAACAUUCAUUUGUACAGAAAGCAAAUAAUUUACAACAAAAAGAAAAUACUAUUGCUUAUUUAUCGGAUAUUAUUGAUGAUCUCGAAAAGAAUACAGAUACAUUUCGAUUGUGUUAUUAUUUACCUUAA